AUGUCGACAUCGUACCACAUGAUAGAGCCGAUUACGACGCUACACGACUAUGCCCAGCCAGUCACUGCCCUUAGCUUUGACCCCGUUUCUGACACGCUCUGGUCCGGGACUAGUGUAGGCACAGUCGUUGCGCUGCACACAAUACAGGGCCUCCGUGCCGUGUCUUUCCCUGUUGGCGGCGCUCUUCCGGUCAAGCAGAUUGUGGCAGGAGACAACUAUGUUAGGGCACUUGGUGCUGCAGGUGAAGGCAUCGGCUCGUGGGCCAAAGGCGGGAUGAACAAGUGGUUCUUUCGCUGCAGAUCAACCUCUACUCUUACAGCGUUCUCGAACAAUACGUAUACUUCCAAUGUUCUUGCAGCUUCAACAACUGCACCUGAGCUUGUUCUCUUGAAUGCGAUGACAGGCAACCCCAUCCGUGUUGCUACCUCCUCAUCCGUCGCGACACACCUCCAGUUCUCACAUUCCACGCUACUUGCAGCGCUCACGGAUGGGCACGUGCGUGCAUAUGACCCUCGCACUGCGCUUCUGCGCGAGAACGGAGAGAACUCGGUGCUAGCACAUAGUAGUGGUGUACAAGACCUCCAGACGAGUGGAAACUAUUUCUACACAAUUGGGUGGAGUAUAAGGCGCGGUCACGAUUUUCCUGAUCCCCUGGUGAAAGUAUAUGACCUGCGUACGAUGCGCCCUCUCCCUCCCGUACCAUUCCAGGACGGUCCUGCCUUCAUUGACAUCCUGCCUAAACAUUCUUCUAGCCUCGUAGUUACCUCUGCGCAGGGUCUGGUGAACGUUGUCGACGUAUCUGAUUAUAGUAAUAUCUCCGGGUUUUAUCAGCUCGAGACCACAUCCUACAUCAGCUCAACAGCUGUGUCGUCCAACGGCUCGUUCCUCGCUUUUGGCGACGCGCUCGGUGCCAUUCACCUCAUGACAGCCAUCGCAGAGGACGCAGAGCCACUUUUCAAUGGUUUUGAAGGCCAACCCAUCGAAUGGGCUGAUGCUCCCGAAGCACCCCCUGACAUCAACUGGACAGAGUCAACACCCCUCAACUCUAUUGGUAUGCCACACUACAACACUCUGCUGCUUUCCUCUUGGACACCACAAUUCCUUCCACGUUCUGGAAUCUUGAGUCCGCCUCCGCCUAAAAUCCCGCCGCAAGUCUUAAGUACUAUGAAGAUGAACGACAAUAUUGCAUAUGCGGCUCUUCCGAAGGAGCUCCGUGGGCGGAGGAACCGUGUGCCUGUGACUACUGCCAAAGAUCAAGGGCGGUUCAGAAGUGGAAAGGGCAAAAGAGAUGAUCUCGAGCUGGAAGCACUAAGCAUCGACGACAGCGUCGAGGAGGUACCCCGAAUUUAUCGAAAGGUAGAAAUAGAGUACUCGAAGUUUGGCGUGGAGGAUUUCGAUUUUGGCUUUUACAAUAAAACACCGUACAGUGGUCUUGAAACACAUAUCCUCAACUCCUACACGAAUUCAAUGCUCCAGGUCAUGCACUACACGUUUCCGAUACGGCGCCUCGCCAAGUCGCAUAUCACAACCAAUUGUCCAAGAGAACACUGUCUAUUGUGCGAGCUCGGUUUUGUGGCACGGAUGCUCGAGGAUGCGGGCGGCACAAACUGCCAAGGAGGGAAUUUCUGCAAGACCGUUGGUGUGCUAGCUCAAAGUCAAAACCAGAUCGAGUUGAUCGAUUACGGGCGCGAGCCCACUGAAGUCGACUAUGCCCAUAUGAUUCAGUCAUUCCACCGUUUCCUCGUUGACCAUCUUUCGCUUGAAGGAAACUCUUUCCCACAUAAUCCAUGCCUCAUACACCAGCCAUUCCAGGAGGACACGCAUUCACCUGCAGCUGCGCCUAUUACACAGCUCCUCGGUAUAGACGCGAAGAAUGUUAUCACAUGUAUGAGCUGCAAAGCUGUGAGGGAGAAAGAGAACAUGACCCAUGUUGUCGAUAUGGUUUACCCGCGCAGACUCACACCUUCAGAUCCCCCUCCUGCAACAGAUUUCGCUAGUAUCCUUGGCGCUUCGCUAAUUCGCCAGAUGACAUAUAAGGCAACGUGUCAGACGUGCAAGCAAUUUGGCGCUUUCAGUUCCCGACGCUCAAUACCUUCAUCGGAGCUUCCACCUGUACUUGCGGUCAAUGCAAGUGUCUACAAUGAAGAUAAUAUGAAGCUAUGGUUAGACAACAGACAGUCGAGAUUUUUGAGCCCAUCGGUGGAGGUGAGAGGCGAAGUUGAUGGCGUGGAUGAGGCAACGGGAGUUGUGUAUGAACUGAGAGCCAUGGUAGUGCAAAUUAUGACGAAAGAAAGACACUCGCAUCUCGUUGCGAUUGUUAAGGUUCCUGAAGCGGAGGGCCGCCCGAAUCUCAAGAGUGCCUGGUUUCUUUUCAACGAUUUCGUUGUGCGUAACAUAUCAGAAGAAGAGGCGUUGAGCUUUCCAAGCACGUGGAAGGUCCCGGCUAUCUUAUAUUUUGAGCGUGUCGAUGUCCGAGAACGGCUCGACUACAGCGGUCUUCCAGAUCAAUUGAACCCGUCGAUAUUGAGCCUGGAUACCUCUAUCUCUGUGAAUCGCGACGAGAAUAUCAUCCAGCACGAGUGCCUCCGCUUUGAAGAACUCCCUAAACCCGGAACACUUGUCGCAAUCGAUGCUGAGUUUGUCUCCAUGCAGCAGGAAGAAACAGAGUACCGUUCGGAUGGUACCAACCGCGUCAUCCGCCCUGCACGGCUCAGUCUUGCUCGCGUGUCCGUCCUCAGGGGCGAUGGUCCGAAAGAAGGUGUCCCGUUCAUUGAUGACCAUAUCCAUACGAGCGAGGUCAUUGUCGAUUAUCUGACUGAGUUUUCUGGGAUCAAAUUUGGUGACCUUGAUCCGCAUUUGUCGCGGUAUACAUUGACACCUUUAAAACUUGUGUACAAAAAGCUCAGGGUGCUUGUCGACCGGGGAUGUAUAUUCAUUGGGCACGGACUCUCGAAAGAUUUCCGCAUAAUCAAUAUAUUCGUACCCCCAGAGCAAGUCAUAGACACAGUUGACUUGUACUUUCUGCAUAACCGCCAGCGACGAUUAUCACUGCGUUUCCUGUCCUGGUUCGUCCUCCAUGAACACAUUCAAACUGACACACACGAUUCGAUCGAGGACGCUCGGAGUGCGCUUAGGUUGUACAAAGCUUAUCAUGAUUUUGAAGAGCGCGGUGUCUUUGACGAAAAGCUGGAAGAGCUGUAUCGUGAAGGGAAGCAAUAUGUAAGUGUUUGCUACUACUCUUUUCUUUUCCGCACAAUGCUGAUUGGCCACGUCAGAACUGGAAACCACCACCCCAGCCAGGCGUACGACCAAACACAACACGCUCGCCCGUUCCUGCUACACAGGCCUCGUCUAUAG